AUGUGCGAAGUAAAGUGUGGUUACUCAUAUGGAUAUAUUAUUACACCAGAUUCAUGUGCUACAUUUAUUCAAUACCCAUAUUUUAAGGAAGGACAUAAUAAACAAAAGAAUAUAAAGAAAUCAAAUGUUGUUACUCAAUCAAAUUUAACAUUGACUGAAGAAAAUCUUUCAAUAAUUAACCAUAUAACAAGAAUGGAUAAGAAACAAAGAAUUAAUCAAUGGAAACAAAAUAAUGAAACAAAAGAUGUAUAUUACCCACAUCCUUUUAUAUAUGGUUAUUAUUAA